CAUAUAAUACAUUUUUGUAACUCACGAACGUCCACUUUAUUCAGAAAUGUUUCUGUGUUGCAAAUCAGCCAUUUGUCUCACAGAUCAAAUUGUUUAGCUAGGCUAGCUAAGCUCAGCUGAGAUUGAUUAGCUGUCCAAGCUAACGCUAGCUUCGCUAGGCUACAUCUUCAUCAUGGAAGCAGAAGUUGAGUUUUUACGUGAUCAAGUCCAAAGGUUAAAUUCAGCUCUCGGCCAGUAUCAGCAUGGGCAACACCCUCAAUCCACAUCAUCUCAGGUUGAAGAAGCAAGACGGACGGUGUCUCCUGCACCCUGGCUCUCUGAUAGAAGUAUAAUGGCUCCCCUGAUGGCGGAGUAUGAUCGACAUAUGGAUGAAAUGACCGAACAGCUGCAGAGAUACCAGACGCUGAUGACAGAUGUCAAAGUGAAGUUGGAGAUGGUCGUCAAGGAGAAUGAAAGGCUGCAUGCAGAGCUGAGGGAGUCUGUUGAGAAGCAGCUUCAUGCCCUGCCUGUGGCUUCAGGAGUGGAGGGCAGCAUACUGGAAGAGGACGCUGUCACCAGAAACCUCCAAGAACAGAUCCAGUUGUCUGAACAGGAGCGAUUGCAGGCUAUGGAGCUGUGGCAGACAGCAGCCCAAGAGCUGGACCGCCUCCAGCAGCUCUACCAAAAGACUGUCUCUGACGGACAGAUCCACGAUGCUCAGAGACAGCAGCUCAAGGAUCAGCUUGUUCAGUUCCAGCAGCACACACACAAACUUCAAUUGGCCAAUCAGAAACUGGAAUCGACGAACCAGCAGUUCCUAAAGACGGUGGCAGAGCAGAGCAUGGAGAUGGAGGAGCUACACAGUCAGCUCAGGCAGUCCAAGGCUGAGCUGAGGACAGCUACAGCCAAAGUGGAUGAGAUGACCAAAUUGCUGCAGAAUCUCCAGGACCAGAUGCAGAGACGGGAAGAAGAUGUGGCAGAGGCUCAGGGCCGAGAGGAUGCAGCAGACAGACGGCUCCAGCAGCUUCAGACAGCUUUGAGCCAGCUAGAGGCCAGACUAAAAGCUGCAUCUCAGGAGGCAGAAGCAGUUCGCCGAGAGCAAACUGUGUGGGAGAGGAAGGUGGGGGAACUCCAGGCACGUUGCACCACCCUAGAAGAGGAGAAGUAUGAGGCCCUGGCCAAAGUCAGAGAGAGCGUUCAGGUGGCUGAGGAGGCUGCACUGCAGAAGGACCAGGCUCUGUUAAGAGAGAAACAGAAGGCAGAAGAAUUGGAGAAGACAAAGGAAGCCAUCAAGCAGUUAAUCCAGGAUGCCGCAGUCCGCACUAGAAAAGAGGUGGAUAAUGUGCGCAAGCAGUGCAAUGUUCAAAUCCACCGUAUGGCUGAGGAGCUCUCUGCAUUGCAGCUGGAGUGUGCAGACAAAGAGUCUCAGAUUGAAAGGUCCCUACGGGAAAGAAAAGCUGUAGAGGAAGAACUGGAGAAGGUGUAUAAGGAGGGCAGGGCAGAGCCAGAGUUUAGGAAGAUUGAUGCCCUUCACCAGAGAUGUCUAGAUGCAGAGAGGAUGAAGGACGAUAUGAGCCUCACUCUGCAAAGCACCCAGAACAAACUGAAAAAGCUAGAGAUGGACUAUACUGAGGAGCUGUCACGGUGCCAGGAGGAAGUGCGGCGGCUGCAGGGCUCUCUGGCUUCAGCCCGGGACGACUGUGUCGGUGUCAGUGACGAGCGGCUCCAGCUGCAACAGGAGAACCUGCAGCUCCGCAGGGAGAUGGAUGAGCUGCGCAAGGAAACCCUGCUGGUCCAAAAAAAGGCCAAACAACAGGUGUCACAGAUGGAACAGGAGUACAGCCUGAAGGAACAAGGACUGGAUGCACGGCUGCGUGAGCUGGAGGAAUGCAGCCGAAGCUCCAGUGCUGAUCUGAGACGCCUCCUUACAGCACAGCAGAAAAGUACCCAGCGCUGGAAAGAAGAGGCUAAGAACCUGAUUCAGUCCUUUGAGACUAAAAUUACAGGCCUCAAGGCGGAGCUGAAUCGGCAGAAGCAGCGCUCACAUGAUCUGGAGAUGCAACUUGAAACUGACCAUAACGCCAUUGCUGAGUAUGAGAGGCAGUUAACAGAGUAUCAAGAGAAGACGAAUCGUCUUCAGAGACGACUGACACAAGCUGAACAAAGAGCAACUACUGCUACACAACAGCUGAGUAUGUUGGCGUCACAACGAAGGAAAACCACUGUGAUUGAUCCAGAGCCUGUAUAACUAACAGUCACUGUGCUGUAGGAAAAAAUGAUUUAUGUUUAGAACACACUGCUCUUUUUUUUUUUAAUGUGAUAUGGCUUCGGCCAAAAUGUUGAUAAAUAAUAAUGUUGUUGGUGCUGUGGUGACACAAUGGAAACAUGCUCCAAUUUUAUGCACUAAUGUUGUAUGAAAGGUUUUCUAGUGAACUGUAUUUAUAAGGAUGGUCUUCUGUGUGCAAAAUAAAGUUUGUUAUAAGUACAAAAGAAAACACCUUCAAAA